AUGUGCUUAGCUUUGCUUUAUGCGAUAAAAAAAUUAAGGCAUUAUUUUGAAGCAUACACCAUCAAGCUAAUUUCUCAGGCUGAUCCCGUGAAGUUUGUAAUGACACAGCCAAUUCUCUUAGGGCGUCUAGCAAGAUGGUCUGUAUUGUUUAAUCAAUAUGAGAUCAUAUACACACCUCAAAAGGCUGUGAAGAGGCAAACACUUGCCAAUUUCCUCACUGAUCACCCUUUGCCAGCAGAAUGGGAGGAUUCAGGUGAGUUUUCUGAUGAAGAUGUACUAUUUACUAAAGAACUACUGCCCUGUACAAUGCUCUUUGAUGGAUCUGCAUGUCGAGAUGGUGCAGAAGUAGGCGUUGUGCUGAUAUCACAAGAAAAAUUAAUCUUGCCAUUCUCAUUUGUUUUGGGUGAAAUAUGUUCCAAUAAUGUCGCAGAGUACCAAGAUUUAAUUGUUGGCCUUAAUAUAGUAUUAGAAAUGAAUAUUCCACAAUUGGAUAUCUAUGGUGAUUCUAAGUUGAUCAUCAACCAACUUUUGGGGAGUUAUGAGGUAAAGAAGGAAGAUCUUUUGCCAUAUCACCAAUAUGCCAUUCUUUUACUUGAAAGGUUUAAUCAGGUGUUCCUAAACCAUGUCCCAAGAGAAGAAAAUUGCAUGGCGGAUGCUCUGGCUAACUUAACUACAACGCUGGCAUGCGGAGAGAAUAAGUCAACAAAGUUGGAGGCAUUGGACGAGAAAAGAUUAGAAGCGCAACAAAGGUUGGAGUGUUAUAAAGCUCGACUUGCUAGAGCUUUCUACAAGAGAGUACGACCACGAUCAUUUCAAGUAGGUGACUUGGUCUUAGUAGUUCGAAGACCCAUAAUCCUCAACAAACGCAUCGGUGAUAAGUUUACAUCAAGAUGGGAUGGACCAUAUGUAGUGAAAGAAGUUUAUUCAAGUGUUGCUUAUAAGAUUGUCGAUCAAGAUGGUAUAAGAGUUAAGUUUAUUCAAGUGGAGCUUAUAAGAUUGUCGAUCAAGAUGUGGGCUGAUUUUCUCAAGGGCAUGAAUCUCGCCUUCAAUGUUGGUGACGCUCUCUUGAUUUUUGGAUAA